AUGACCGUGGGUUGCGACGGAAGCAGAAUCACCGGAGAAGAUAGUCACGACGACGUAGCUCUUGGCGCCGAAGGGUGCUGCGCCCAAGCGAAGGCGAAGUCAGGGUCAUGCGGCUAUGAGGGCUGCAACAACAUCAAUGGGCCAGGCGAGUGCUGGAACACCUGCGGCGACGCAGCCGGGCUCUGCUCCAAAUGCGACGGCACGCUGGGCACACCGGGGGCAUGCUGCCAAAAAGGGGAGGCCGACGAUCCUCCCGAAUGCUCGUGGGGCUGCAACAACAUUAAUGGGCCAGGCGAGUGCUGGAACACCUGCGGCGACGCAGCCGGGCUCUGCUCCAAAUGCGACGGCACGCUGGGCACACCGGGGGCAUGCUGCCAAAAAGGGGCGGCCGACGAUCCUCCCGAAUGCUCGUGGGUGCCCGACACCAGCUUUUUGUACGAUGGCUACCAUACGGUGGCACAGAUCUGA